GAGAUGCAGCAGUAGUGGCGCCGUUGGAAGUUCUGAGGCGGGCGGUCCCAGCAAGGCGAGGCGUUCCCUCCCUCCUUCCCGGUGCAGCCUCUUCCUCCGUGGCUCCUGGGUCUGUCCUAGAAGGCCCAUCCGGAGGGAGGGGAUGCGUCGGGGCCGGCGAGUGCGGGGCUCCCGGGGGCCUGUGGCGCUGGCGGUGGGCCUAGCUCUGGGGCUGGGGGCGCUAGGCCUGCUCUUGCUGCUAUGGCAACGCGGCCCUCCAGCAUUAGCAGCAGAGCCAGGCCCAGGCGCUAAGGAAGGCCUGGUUUCUCCGCCAGCAGCAGCAGCAGCAGCAGCAGCCGCUGAGGUCCUGCGGCGCCCCGUGUACGCGAAGCCCCCGCUGGGUCUGGAGACGGAGCUGGGGGAGCUGGGCCGGGCGGCGCGGCUGGAGACUCCCUGUGAUUUCUUCCCCUCUUAUGCAGCAAAGCACACAGCCCAGAAGGAGUGGUCUCUGGCAGCUCAUAGUGACUACAUGGUUCGCUUUCAAAAUAAACUUCUUCGCUUAGAGGCCCUAUCCUCCACACCCCGUUCUUUCUUUGCUUGGUUGCCUCUCUUUUGGAUAAACUGCUGGUCAUGGUAUUGUUUUGUUUUCAGAACUGCAAAUGUGUGUUUUUGUUACAGAUGUAGAGAGAAGAAAUACAAUUAUUAUAACUUACCAAAGACUUCCGUUAUAAUAGCUUUUUAUAAUGAGGCUUGGUCAACACUUCUGAGAACAGUUCAUAGUGUUCUAGAGACAUCUCCUGACAUACUUCUAGAAGAAGUUAUCCUUGUAGAUGAUUACAGUGAUAAAGAACACUUAAAGGAGAAAUUGGAAAACUACGUGGCAAAUUUGCGAAAGGUACGGCUUAUCAGGGCAAAUAAGAGAGAAGGCCUGGUCCGAGCGAGACUGUUGGGAGCUUCUUUAGCUAAAGGAGAUGUUCUUACAUUUCUCGAUUGUCAUUGUGAAUGCCAUGAAGAAUGGCUUGAACCAUUGUUGGAAAGAAUUAAAGAAGAACCAUCAGCUGUUGUAUGUCCUGUGAUUGAUGUGAUUGACUGGAAUACUUUUGAAUAUUUGGGAAAUGCUGGGGAGCCGCAGAUUGGUGGCUUUGACUGGAGACUGGUCUUCACGUGGCAUACUGUGCCAGAGAGGGAGCAAAAACGGAGGAGAUCCAAGACUGACGUCAUCAGGUCUCCAACUAUGGCUGGUGGACUCUUUGCUGUCAACAAGAAUUACUUUAGCUAUCUUGGCUCUUAUGACACAGGAAUGGAAGUCUGGGGAGGAGAAAACCUUGAAUUUUCAUUCCGGAUCUGGCAAUGUGGAGGAACUCUUGAAAUCCAUCCUUGUUCUCAUGUAGGACAUGUUUUCCCUAAGCAAGCUCCUUAUUCACGGGCAAAGGCUUUGGCUAACUCUGUUCGUGCUGCAGAAGUGUGGAUGGAUUCAUACAAAGAGCUUUAUUACCACAGAAAUCCACAUGCACGCAUGGAACCAUAUGGUGAUGUAACAGAAAGAAGACUGCUUCGAGAGAAGCUAAAAUGCAAGGACUUCAAAUGGUACUUGGACAAUAUUUACCCAGAACUCCAUGUGCCAGAGGAUAGGUCUGGCUACUUUGGGAUGCUAAAGAACAGAGGAAUGGCAAAUUAUUGCUUUGACUACAAUCCUCCCAAUGAACAUGACAUAACAGGACAUGUGGUCAUAUUAUAUCCAUGUCAUGGAAUGGGGCAAAAUCAGUUUUUUGAAUACACCUCCCACCAUGAAAUACGUUAUAAUACACGGCAUCCUGAAACCUGUGCAGCUGUUGACCCAGGAACUAAUUAUUUGAAAAUGUAUUUUUGUGAAGAUAAUAUCCAGAAUAUUCCUGAAAACCAGAAAUUUCUCCUUAGAGAGGAUGGGACAUUAGUCCAUAUGCAAACCCUAAAGUGCCUACAGGCGGAAUCUGAUGCCUACAAUGGCAGUCCAGCACCUUUAUUGCGGCCAUGUUCCAAUUCAGAAUACCAGAAGUGGUUUUUCAAAGUAAAAAGCUGAUACAGAAAUCCUGGUUUGUGGUUGAUUGAGAUCAUCUUUGGAACUGAAGCAAGAAAAUCUCUUAUAUUCAGAAGUGUACUCAUCCCUGGUCUCCCUCCAAUUUGGAAUACCAGCCAAUUUUAUGUGAUGGUUACAGAUUUCUCUCAAUGAAUAUCUGCACCUCAUUUGGCAGCUAUAUACAUUUUCAAAUAUAUUUUUUCAUGGUUUUCCCCAAAGACCAAAUAUUUUUAUAAACCUGUGGGAAAUGGUAAUGGAAUGCAAAUGGUUGCACUAACAUUUGACAAUAACUUACUGUAGAUAUUUAUUUUUGUACUGAAACAUUCUGCCGUGGUGCCUUUCUAGGAGAUAUGGAAAUAAAUAUGUAAGAUUAGACCAAA